AUGGGACAUUCUAUAGAUUCACAAAGUUCACAAACAGACUUUCGAUACGUUGAAGGUAGAAGAUUUCAUAACGCAGAAAAUCUUGUAUACCAUUUACCAAAUGAUGAUGAUGAAACAGAUAGGUUACAUUCACAACAUUUCAUAAUGAGAUAUGUCUGGCAAAAUAAUUUUUCUGCUCCUGUCGACCAAAUUUUAACUACACCGGGAGCCAAAGUUCUUGAUAUCGGAUGUGGCGCAGGGUCAUGGUCAUUUGAUAUGGCAACCAUAAGAGUAUCUAAAAUGAAAUGUUGUGUUGAGGUUAAGAUAAAACCUAAAAAUUUUGAAUUCGUUAAAGCAGAUGCUCAAGAAGGGUUGCCAUUUGACGAUAACACGUUUGAUUAUGUAUUUCAACGAUUUUUACUUCUUGGAUAUGCUAAAGAGAAGUGGCCAUAUGUAAUAAAUGAGAUUGUUAGGGUUUUAAAACCAGGCGGAUUCUUAGAAUUAUCUGAACCUUCCAAAGUAAUUGAUGGAGGACCAGCUACUCAACGUUUAUGGGAUUGUGAGGUUGAAGUAUUAGAAGGAAAAGGCGGUGAUUACGAUAUAACACUAAAAAUAGAGAAAUAUUUACAAGACCAAGGGAAAGUGGAGAAUAUUAAAAAAAUUGUGAACAAAUUCUAUUAUGGUUUACAACACACCGACAAUAUUAAACUUAGUAAAGCGUUUGUCGGUAAUGUAAUUUCCGUAUAUGCUUCUUUAAAACAUGUUUUAUCAAAAAAAUUGCAAGUUUCUGAUGAAGAAUAUGAUGAGUUGUCCAAAACCUCCGAAAAAGAACUAUAUGAACUUGAUACUUAUGUUAAUCUUAUUCGUUUUUAUGCGAACAAGAUUCAAUUUAUUAACUUAUUAGUUUAUGAUAUUCACAAAUGUUUGUAA